CCCAACUCAUUCCACACAUCCCUCAGUGGUUAUGGACAUUGCUUAUUACCAAGCCUUAUCUGCUGAACAGUUGCAGAAUGAUGCUGCCAGGAUUCAAGCCAGCACACCAUCAACCCAGGAGUUCUAUGAACCAGGGCUAGAAUCAUCUACCAGUGCCAAAUUGGAUGAUUUGCAGCGUUCGUGGGAAACCCUAAAAAAUGUGAUCAGUGAAAAGCAGCGUACUCUCUACGAAGCUCUGGAACGCCAACAGAAAUACCAAGACUCUCUUCAGUCUAUUUCUACAAAGAUGGAGGCUGUUGAAGUGAAAUUGAAUGAAAGUCUAGAACCUAGCAAGAGUCCAGAAAGCCAGAUGGCUGAACAUCAGGCCUUGAUGGAUGAGAUCCUCAUGCUUCAGGAUGAAAUUAGUGAAUUGCAGACAUCUUUAGCAGAGGAGCUAGUGUCAGAAUCUUUGGAAGCAGAUGCUGCUGAACAGCUGGCUUUACAAUCCACCCUGAUUGUCUUAGCUGAGAGAAUGUCUACAAUUAAGAUGAAAGCUUCAGGAAAAAGACAGCUAUUAGAGGAAAAGUUAAAUGAACAACUGGAAGAACAGAGGCAAGAGCAGGCCCUGCAAAGAUAUCGCUGUGAAGCUGAUGAACUUGACCACUGGUUAUUGAAUACUAAAGCAACUCUAGACAGUACAUUGGUUUCACCCACUGAACCAAUGGACAUGGAAGAUCAGCUGGUUGACUGUCAGAACAUGUUGGUGGAAAUAGAACAAAAGGUAGUGGCCUUAUCAGAGCUCUCUGUUCAUAAUGAAAACCUGCUUAUGGAAGGAAAGGCUCAUACCAAGGAUGAGGCAGAACAGCUGGCAAUCAAGCUGAGAACCCUAAAAGGAAGUCUCCUGGAACUGCAGAGAGUACUGCAUGACAAGCAGAUCAACAUUCAAGCUACAUCACAAGAGAAGGAGGAAUGUGAAGCUGACUUAACAGCUACCCAGAGCCCAAGUGUCCAGGAAUGGCUUGCCCAAGCCCGAACCACAAGAACCCAGCAGCAACAGAGCAGCCUCCAACAACAAAAGGAACUAGAACAAGAGUUAGCAGAACAGAAGAACCUUCUUCGAUCAGUAGCAAGUCGUGGAGAAGAAAUUCUAACCCAACAUUCAGCUGGAGAAAGUUCUGGCAUUAGGUGUGUUUUAAUUACUUCAGAGGGAUGA